UUAAAUAUGACUGAUAGAAAAGCUUGGAAUUAAAAAGUAUUAUGAUAUCAAUAAAUUAAAUGAAUAGGAAGAUAUAGCCAUUCUUCACUUAGUAAAGUAAUAUGGGAUAAAGAAAUGGACAACAGUAGCUGAAAAAAUGAAAGAAAUUUAUGGUUUAUUUGGUCGAUCUGGUAAAUAAUGUAGAGAGCGAUAUCAUAAUCAUUUGGAUCCAACAAUUAAUAAAGAUCCUUGGAGUGAAAAUGAAGAAAAGAUAAUAUUUUUAGCACAUAGAGAACAUGGAAAUAAAUGGGUAUUAUUAACAGAUUUAAAGAUUUUAAGGCAGAGAUUGCAAAAUUACUUCCAGGUAGAACAGAUAAUGCAAUUAAAAAUCAUUUUUAUUCAACCUUAAGAAGAAGUUUAAGACGCAUAAAUAAAAUGAUUGGUGAUAAAAACAGUAAUCUACGUAAAUAAAUAUUUAGCAAAGAAAAGUGUACCCAAUAGAUCAAGGACAUAAAGCCUGGUGUUUUGUCCAAGAUCUUCAUACUUGCUGAAAAAAACCCAUCUGAACUUAAAGAUGAUCAUAUGAAAAGAUUAUGUUUAGCAUGCAAAGGAUUAUAAGAUUCUAUACUUGAAUUUGCAUAAUCUAAAUAAAAAUCAUAAAUUAUUCAAUUCAAUGAAGAAAAAUUUAAAUAAUUGAUAGAGAAAAUUAUGGAUUUUAAGUAUUCUCUAAAAUAUAUAUUUAGCGGACUUUAUACUAGAUAAAGAGAAAAUAAAUUAAAAUCAAGAAAAUUAAAUCUUAAAAAAAGAAAAAAUAUUGUUGAAGAUGAUGAUGAAGAAGAUGAUUCAUAUUCUAGUUUUUAUAAAAUUGAUGAUAAUAGUAUAUAAAUACCAAUCAAAAGAUCAAUUAGAUAAAGUUCAAGAAAAAAAAUUGUAAUCAUUUCUUAAAUAAUCAAAUUAGAAAUUUAAUGAUGAAGAUGAUCUUGAUAUUAUUAUUAGAACUAAAUAGAAUCCAGUCUUUAAAAUAAUUUAUGAUAGAUUUUAAUUUUAGAUAGAUGAAUAUGUAUUUCAAAUUACUUAUUUAAAGGAAUCUUCCUAAGAUGAUAUUUAAGAAUCUUCUCUAGAUUAAGAUUCAUAAUAGAAUAUAAAUUUAAAUUAAAAAAAUACUUUAAUUUCAAAUAUGUAAGUUUUUGAUUAAUCAAUACUCAAAGAACAUAAAAAUGAAAAUUAAAAUUAAUAAAAUAUUCAUAAUAGUAAGACUAAUUUCACUCCUAUUAUCUUAAUAAAACCAACACUUAACAUUGAUAAUUCAAACUUUGAUUAAUAUUUAGAAAAACUAAAAUAAGAUAUAGGUUUCAAUUAUCAUAUAUAAUUAGAUGCAAAUUCUUAAAAAUACCUUUAAGGUGAGGACCUUAAUUUAGAUAUUAAUAUUGAUUUUGCAGAUAUAACAAAAGAUUUUACAAAAUCAUCGAGCUCUAAAUUUGGGUACACUUCAAGUGCAUUUAAAAAAUAUAAGAAAGAUCUAGAUUUAGAUAAUUUCUUAGUAACAAACAAUAAUAAUAAAUGA